AUGCCGCGCAUGCAUGAAGAUAUCAAAGCACUCCGGGCCCUGCAUCGCAAUGAGGAUAUACUGUUCAGGAACCAGCAGCUUGACACCGCCAUCAAGCACAAGGCCAACAGCCUCAAGCAGGCGAAGCAGAUGGACCGCAAGGUGAUGCAGUGCUUCAAGGCGUACGAGAAGGCCAAGAAAAAGGCCGAGGACGCCGAGUACGCUUGGCUGCAAGCGUGUGAGCACGCCGUGGACUUGCAUGGGCAGCACGAUCGGGCAAGGAAGCUGGUAAUCGACACAGGGGGCUUGUACAGAGCACGGGGGCGCAAGGCCUUAGGCUUCGGCGCGUGA